ACGAGAGUUGGCUGCUGGGAAUUUUUCGGGGAACGUCUGCAACAGAUAAGAUGACACCAACGCUGCACUGCGCCAGUUUUAUUUGCGUAAUGAGCGCAUGAAGAACACCUGAAAGGAUUCAUUUUGACAGAUCAGUCUUUCGGUUUGUUGCUGAAAUGAAAGAUCGAACGUCCCUGACCCUCACUGCUGUGAUUGUGCUCCUUCUAAUCUUUUUCCUGACAUCAUUUGAUGCACAGGAGAAGGCACACAAUGUUCUUGGGUUCAAUAAAAUUCACACAACAUCCACAACAGGCCCAGCUAAAGCAGUACCAAAGUGCAGCCUCUCUGCAGUCUGUCCUUCGGACCACUUUGCUUUUAAAAUCCAGAGUGGAGCUGCUAAUGUAGUCGGUCCAAAAAUCUGCUUUGAUGGUAAAAACAUCAUGAGUCACAUUAUGAACAAUGUGGGACGAGGACUAAACAUUGUGGUGGUAAAUGGUGAGAAUGGAGUUGUAGAAAAGUUUGGCCAUCUUAACAUGAUUAGUGGAAACUCGGCAGACAUCUUGGCAUACCUGAACGAGAUAAAGCCAGGAAUGAUUGUGCUGGUGGCCUCCUUUGAUGAUGCAGCAACAAAGAUGACAGAUGAAAUAAGGCAGAUGUUUGUCGAGAUGGGAAGCACUUUGAUCGGCUCUGUUAAGCGGAGAGACAACUGGGUGUUUGCUGGGAGAACGGGGAUAAAAAUCAAAAGCUUCUUUGAGCAGCGAGCUGAGAACGAUAAGGAAACAAACAUUUUCGAUGGAUGGCCAGGGAUGGUGGAGGUGGGCGGCUGUUUCCCAAGGACCAUAGGUGUCUAAAAGUUUUCAUAAAUGGACUUUGAAGAUUUCCUUGCAAAAGA